AUGGUUUCUACUUCAGCAGAGAGUGAUGGUCUGCUCAAAGCCAGUGCCGGCCGGGAACCGCAGCAUGCCAUUCCUCGCCGACCCCUACCAGGCCAGCCUGUGCUAGCCCGUGAGCAAGACAAAGCACAUCAUCCGUCCGUCGGCGUUCGCGACCUCCUCCUCAAAAGGGACGCGCCGUCUCACAGCUCUCGACAAUCCAUCGAGAUGGAAUAUUGGUCAUCAUUUUGGCUGCGGAAGACGACCUUGAUAUCCUUUGCAGCUUUGUUUGUGGCUCUCGCUGCAUCCCUCAUCAUCCUCUGGCUAGCCAACAGAAGUCAGGAUGGAUUUCAGGUUUCCUAUAUCCAGAACCACUAUGCUUGGACAUAUGGUCCGACCGCUGUCAUGGUCAUCGUUGUCAGUCUCUGGCGACAGGUUGACUACUACUGCAAGAUACUGCAGCCCUGGAAAGAGCUCCAACGCGGGCCAGCAACUGCAGAGAGAAGCUUGCUCCUCGAUUACAUUGGACCGAUCAAUUUGGCAACCCUCAUCCAAGCUUUGCGAUCCAUGCGUUGGCCUGUCUUUUGCUCGGUCGCCGGUUUCACGUUACUGAAACUUAUGGCUCUGCUAUCGACUGGUCUGCUUGUCCUUUCACCAGUCACCACGAGCCACGGAGUCUCGGUCCAAAUGACCAACACGUUCAACGCGAGUGAGAUGUGGAGGCCGUUCUAUGACAUCAGCUCCAACUUUGGCGCAACUCCAGUAUUCCAAUACCUAGGCAUACUAGAUGGCGACGUUCGGGCACCCAAGGGCACACAGGACGACUUCGUUCACGAGAUCUUCACCCCCGCUCCAAAUGAGACCUUCCAAAGCAUUGCGGCCGAAGUCGAUGUCUUUCGCGCAGAGUUCACUUGCGAAAUUGCCGACAUCGAUUUCAGGAAGUAUCAGAAUGGAACAAGCACUCGAACAGCGUUUCUGACCACGCCAUCUUGUGCAACUAAUGAGCUCAACCUCAACUCGUUCCCUACGUGCUGGGAUAAUAGUACCAAGUGUGAGCAAACUAGAACGGAAUUUUACCUCUUGCACUUCAACUGCUCCGGCACACACAACAUCGAGUACUCCAAAGACGGCAUUGCUUUGAUUGUGAGCAAUGUGACGUACCUGCCCAUCGCUGGCAAUCUAGAUCGCUAUACCAAAGUGCGACUGGACAUGAAGUUCGGGGAGACUGCAGCAAUCUUGUGCCAGCCUGGCUACUCCAUGAACAAAGCAAUAGUCACCACGGACUCUAGCCAGGAGGCUUUCACGAUUCAAAAUCUGAGCCGCAGUGGGCAGCUCGGCAAUGUGACGGCCUAUGUCGUACAGGAAAUCCUUCUUAAAACCUUGUAUGAAGCCAGAGAAGACAUACUUUCACAUCUUGGGGAGCUAUCCACUGCUGGCUUUGUACAAGUCAUUGCGGGUGAAUCAUUGGGCAUCGGCGCUGUCAAACUCUGCAGGCAUUCUUGGAGGCUUCCUGACAGUCAUCAGUUCAGCUCUCAAGUUGGCGACAGCGGAGCCGCUGUAACUCUGGACAUGAUACAAAAGGGCGGCGCAACAACCGCGCCACUCGUGUGGAACGAUCACGUUUUGCCUGCUCUUGGGACCGAGGUCACCAUGAGCGGCGAACUUCCAGCCUACGUGACCGGCUCAUCUUCUUUCGACUAUACGUUCAAGAUCAAUGCAUUGCGACCUUAUCUGGAAUGUGAGCCGGUCAGCGAGGAAAAUAUCAGUACCGCAGUCUUUGCUGACAACAGCCCGCAAAACUUCAUCAACAUUAGCUUUCCCUUGAAAGGUCUCUGUCAAAAGGGCGGGAGAAAUGGCACAAAUGCGUAUUUUGAAGUCAGCUACAGCAUGAUUCUGAGUAAAAAGCGUGAGUGGACUGGAAAACUGUUAGACCUGCAUCUUGGUCCUUUCUUCGAUCGCACAGUGUUCACGGAAUCUUCGGCCUAUAACGUGACGGAGAAAAUGUUGGAGUAUGGAGAGCCCUCGUGGGGUCCAGAUAACAUGAUGGGUUGCCCCUCGAUUGGUGUCAUAAUCGGGGAGUUUGGUAAGCGACGCGAUCAAGACAUAACUACGGCGCUUCUGUGUACGCAGAAAGUGGAAGAGGUCCAACUCAGCGUAACAUAUCACGGGAACCAGACCAACACUCCAGCUCUCAUUGGCGCGAGCGCUCCGCGACCCAAGCCAGGACAAUCUCGGUUCCUCGCCAAUGGUACAGAAGGUUUUGAUGCCUUCCCUUACCGUGUGCAGACGUACAUCGGAGUCUACGACUACGGAGGCGGCCGCGGGAAUUUGAGUGCGUUCAGCGCCGGCCGCGGUGAGUUUAGCGAUUGGAUCGACAGCUUUGCGGACAACAUCGUCAACGGACCAGAUGGCGUGCCUUAUGAAGAAUUGCGAGGUAAGGCCAAUCAAGACAACUUGAUUCGAGCGACUCAGAAGCUCUACAACAAGUACAUAACCCUCGUCAUCGACGCGAACUUUCGGCAAAGCCUUUCAAAUCCCCAAGACCAUCCCAUCGCGACGGGAAGACUAGAAGUUCUCAGUUCUCGUCUGCAUGUCAACUUCGUGUCUAAGAUGAUUCUGCAGGUUGUGCUCGCAUCUAUGAUCAUUAUGGGUAGCUUCGCAUUUUGGCUUGCAGAUUUGCGAGAAACCCUGCCUCGUAAGCCGACGUCCAUUGCAAGCACAAUGGCGUUCCUUGCUGGAUCAGAUCUCUGUGGCUCCGCUGGUUCUCCGCCACUGAUUCCACCAAAUGCGCUACAGAUGAACAGCGCAGAGGUCGCCCGGGUGUUCGAUGGCUGGUUUCCAAGUCUCGGAUGGUGGUCAAAAUCCAGAAAGGCAGGCUCGAAUGGUUUGGAAGGCAUGAUGACAGAUAAGCAGGAGGAAGAAAGGCGAUUUGGAAUUGACGUUGGAGUGCCUGACCAGCUUGGAUUCAGGAGAAGGCGCAAUGUGUUUCGACGUAAGUAA